AUGUGUGGUUAGAAGAAUCUAACAUCCGACUGAUGUGCUUUGCCAUCUGGCUGGUGGCCGUGGCGUGGUCCUGCCUCCCUCUGUUCGGAUGGGGCGAGUACGUCCCCGAGCCGUACGGCCUGUCCUGCACCGUGGCCUGGAGGGGCUACCACUCCUCCACCAAGGACGCCUUCUACAUCAUCUGUACCUUCGCCGUCUUCGCGCUGAUCCCCGUCGUCCUCAUCGUGGUGUCUCAGUGUCUGAUCCUCGCCAAGCUUAACCGCUAUUCCUGCUCUUUGUCUGCGAGGGGCAUCCGCAACAUGCGAUUCAUCGAAAAACGACUCUCCAUGAUGUUCUUCUGCGUCAGCCUGGGGUUUGUGGUUGCCUGGGCGCCGUACGCUAUCGUGUCCUUUCUCUUCAUUUUCCACGAGGAGCAAGUGUACAUGGCUUCUGAGGGAUAUCUGUUUCCCGCACUCUUCUCCAAAAGCUCGCACAUCUACAACCCGUUCAUCUACUUCUACUUCAACAGAACGUUUCAGCAGGAGCUCCGCCACAUGCUCUAUUCAAUCUGGCCCAAGCUUGGAGGAAAUCGAGUGAGUGUCCACGUCCCCAUCGAUCACCAUUUUCCCAUCCACAUCCAGCUGCAGGAAAGAAGACGCGUCCGGAAGAAGAGUUGUGGUGUGUCUCAGGACAGAACUAACAGCAAAAGCAAGGGCAAAGAACAACACAAAUGCAUCACCAACAACCAGAAGCAGGUUCAAACCUGCUGGGAAUCAAUGGCGAAAGAAGCCCCCAAGAUUUUGGAAAAGAAUCCUGGAAAAGACACCAAGCCUGUGUCCUUAUGAACUCAGUUUCACUGUUUAAAUGGGGGAUUUAUCUCAGAAUCAGGUUUAAUACCAGGUAGGUUUACACUUACGAGGAAU